GAGCCUCAGUUCCCGGCGGCCCUCGCGGCAGGUUCCGGGGACGUAAAGGCGUUUCGCGAUGGCGGGGGCUGGUUCUGCUGCUGUGUCCGGGGCAGGGACCCCGGUGGCGGGGCCCGCGGGCCGAGACCUCUUCGCCGAGGGGCUCCUCGAGUUCCUGCGACCGGCUGUGCAGCAGCUCGACUCUCACGUCCACGCCGUCAGAGAGAGCCAGGUAGAGCUCCGGGAACAAAUUGACAACCUAGCUUCCGAACUGUGCCGUAUCAAUGAGGAUCAGAAAGUGGCCCUGGAUCUCGACCCCUAUGUGAAGAAGCUACUUAACGCCCGGCGACGAGUUGUCUUGGUCAACAACAUUCUACAGAAUGCCCAGGAACGGCUGAGGCGGCUAAACCACAGUGUUGCCAAGGAAACAGCCCGCAGGAGGGCAAUGCUGGAUUCAGGAGUUUACCCCCCUGGUUCCCCAAGCAAGUAACAGGCCAGAAGAUGGGCCCAUGGCCUCAGAAUAGCACAAGUACCAUUCCCUAGCUGCCUUGUUUCCUCCAGGACUCCCUUAAACCUUAGGACAUUAAAAAGGCAGCCCUGUGGUUUGUGUUUGAAGCACUUAGGUCUGAUCCAUUUAUGUGGGGCCCCAAAGAAACCUGUGUACAGUAGGACUCAGGAUCCCAAUGGAUUAUGGCUCUUGCUUCCUUCCAAGAAUGAGCUGAGGCCUCUACCUUUAUUUUUGUUUGUUUUUGAGGAAGAUUAGCCCUGAGCUAACUGCUGCCAAUCCUCCUCUUUUUGCUGAGGAAGACUGGCCCUGAGCUAACAUCUGUGCCCAUCUUCCUCUACUUUAUAUGUGGAACGCCUUCCACAGCAUGACUUGCCAAGCGGUGCCAUGUCCACCCCCGGGAUCCGAACCAGCAAACCCCCGGCUGCCAAGGCAGAACGUGCACACUUAACUGCUGCGCCGCUGGGCUGGCCCUAACAUUUGAUUUUUUUUUAAAGCUACAUAUUCAAGGCCCACCUACUCUACCUUCAAGCCUAGUUAAUCAGGGAGGGCUUCCUGUUACAUGUGUGGUUGUUGGCACCUGGGCAACAUGUCUGCUCCCUGUGACUUCUCAUUUCCCUUUGUUUACACUGAGAAUUUGGAGGAAGGCAAAGUCAAGGUGAAUGACCCACCUACCCUCUUUUGUUGAUUGCACUGGCUUGAAUACAGUAGCAGUGUUGCUAGAACCAUUUAAUUGAAUAAAUGCUUAAACAGUA